AUGACAAAUAAUACCCCAACCUUCAAAUCAUUGCUCAUACUUCUUUGGAAUGCCAACGGUGUUCAUAAUCAUAUUGCCGAACUCUCACUUGUACUUCACGACAAACGUAUAGAUAUAGCUCUGAUAUCUGAAACACAUCUCACUAACAGAACAAAAAUACACAUUUCCGACUACACAAUACUGAGAUCAAACCACCCAGACGGUACCGCACACAGGGGAGCGGCGAUAAUUAUUAGAUCUACAAUUAUCUUUCAUAACGUCUCACAACUAAGCGAACCCCAUAUACAAUCCUUCACCAUCCAAAUUACUCUAGACUAUUCUCCUAUCUCCAUCUUUGCAGCAUACUGUCCCCCUACCCAAAUCAUUUCUACAAUACUAUUUGAGCAAUUUUUCAACUCUCUAGGUAAUUACUGUAUUGUUGGUGGCGUCCUCAAUGCCAAACACACCCAAUGGGGGUGUCAUUCUAACUUACCAAGAGGUAACUCUCUUAGACGAGUUAUUACUGCCAAAAACUACUUAAUUAUCUCACCCCAAAACCCCACAUACUGGUCAACAUCACUCCGAAAGCGACCAGAUAUCCUUGACAUAUUCGUCGCUAAAAUACUGAACCGAUUUAACACCAUCAUAGAUAAUCUAACAAAUCCUCACUCAGACCACUCGCCAGUACUUCUUACCCUUGACACCUCUCCUCUAAAAAGAUUAAUGAAUCCAUCAUUAAUCAAUGAAAAAGUUAACUGGACAAAAUUCCAAUCGAUAUUUACAAGCAACAUUAACCUGAACAUUAGUUUAAAAUCCCCAAACCAACUUGAGGAAUCAGUACAAUAUCUAACAACAACAAUACAAAAUGCAGCAUGGUCCUCUUGGACACCAAAAAUAACUGAUAAUUACAAUCAAAAUAAUCUCUCUUUGCCUACCUAUUUAAGAUCUCUUAUUGUUCAAAAACGUCGUGCCAGAGCAACCUGGCAGAGAACAAAAUAUCCCACCGAUAAAACCAAUUAUAAUCACUUAUGCACAUUACUCAAAAGACAAAUGGCAAAACAAUGUUCAGAAGACUUCACCAAACAAACUAGCCUCUUAUCCGAAAAAGACGGCUCUUUUUGGAAAACCACUAGAAAAAUCUUAAAAAUCAAAACAAUGUCAUUUCCAAUUAAAAACCCUGAUGUCAGCCUCGCUAUAAACGAUAAAGAGAAAGCAGAAGCACACAGACAUCACCUCUCCCAAGUCUUUAACCUAAAUGACUCCACUAUUCCUUCUAUAGAAAACAAAAUAUGCAAUUUCCUAGAUAGCCAACUCCCAAUGACACUUCCACCCAAACCAUUCACUCCUAAUGAGGUAAAAUCAUUUAUACGAAAAUUUCCAUUAGGUAAAUCACCUGGACAUAAUUUGAUAACAGCCGAAAUAGCCCGCAAACUUCCCAACAAAGAUAUAUUACACAUAACUCAUAUCUUCAAUGCUAUACUCCGACUCUCAUAUUUCCCGAUUCAAUGGAAACUCGCCACAAUUAUUCUCUUCCCUAAACCAAACAAACCAAUAGAUAACCCCUCCUCAUAUAGGCCUAUUAGUUUGUUACCUUUCUUUGCAAAACUUUUAGAAAAAUUAAUAUNAACUAAUUCCUGA